AUGAAGGUCUUAGAAGGUCAAAUCAUACAAGCCACUUGUCGAACACCGCCAAGGACUAUACCCGAACCUCGAUACGUUGGCGAUAUCUGUACUCCACACUUAUCUACACCUCGAAGAGCAAAACGAGCUGUAGCUUUGGCAAAAAGAGUUCUCGCUCAACGCACGAGGACUAUUAAGACGUUGCAACAAUCACAGAACAGAUUAAAUACACGUAUUAAAUGUAUGAAAGAUUUAGUCAGCGAAUUGAAAAGGAAGAAUUUAAUUUCUGAAAAUGCUUUCGACAGUUUAAUGGCAGACAAUCCUGAUAUUCUGCAUGAAGUACUAAAGAGGAAGAAAGGCAAGAGGAAAAAAUACUCGGCAGAAUUAAGAGCGUUUGCACUGACGUUAAAUUUUUACUCUUCGAAGGCUUAUGCGUAUGUAACAAAAACAUUCAAAAACCUUUUACCAGAAGCUUCGACUAUCCGUAAAUGGUAUACCGUUUUAAAUGGGCGAUCCGGAUUUACGGACGAAGUGUUUAAAGUUUUAAAAUGCAAAGUACAACAAAGUAAAGUACUAAUUCUCUGCAACAUUGUGAUCGAUGAAGUUGCAAUUCGACAGCAUAUUGAUUAUGAUGGGAACCGAUAUUAUGGAUAUGUCGAUCUGGAACGUCCCCAUGCCCCCAUGCCUCUUGAUAUACGCCUGAUGCCGAGAGCCGAGAGGCCGAGAAAGCUUAUUUCGGUCGCUCGACCGGCUCGACGCUUGCUUGAGUGGAACAGCAAGGUUCUCUCUCGCUCUCGGGGCGCCGACAAGGUAAGCAAUAAGAACGUAGUGCGAAAAGGACAGAGCGAUAUAGUCGGCAAGCUUCUAACUAACCAAGUCACACGGAUACGGGCUGCUUGUGUUGCUAUCGGUUGCGCUACGCCGUCGACCGGUGGCGCUGAUCGCGUGCUGCUGUGGGGAUAUUGUCAGCCAUUUUCCCCCAUAGUAGGCAAGCUAGGGUUUUUCCCGACUCAGGGAAGCAAACAACAACUGGCGCCUCCAACGGUCGAGGAACUUCAAAAUCAGUUGGCGCAAUUACAGGCCACUUUCCAGCAAAUGCAAGGGGGUGUAUCCGGAAAUGUCGCGCACAUCGACACUUAUCGAAUCCCUAAAAUUCCACCAUUUCUAAUUAAAGAUCCAGUCAUCUGGUUCAUUCAAGUGGAAGCCACCUUUGAAGUCGCGCGCAUUACCGAUCAAAAAACUAAAGCCCAUUACGUAAUAAUGUCAUUGGACGCGGAAGCAAUCGCGUGUUGUAGAGACCUUAUUGCCGAACCUGACGCGGAUGAGCCGUACACGAAACUCAAAAAGCGUAUCAUUGAAAGCUUUUCAGCUUCGGCAGAAAGUCAAUUGCGCCAACUGAUCAAAGGUCAGGUACUAACAUCCGGUAAACCGUCGCAGAUCCUCAGCCGUUUACGCAACCUCAACCCUGACAAACAAUGCGACGACGCAGUUCUUAAAACUAUCUUUUUCGAGCAUUUAUCUCCGUAUGUCAGAGGCAUCCUUGUGUCUUCUGAAUGCACCGAACUCGAUAAAUUAGCCAAAAUGGCAGAUAAAAUCGCGGAAACUUCUACGGAAUUAGCGCAAUGCGCUGCCGCGUCAUAUAAAGAAUCAAAAUCAUCCGACUUAGAAGCAAAAAUCGAUCGUCUCGCGGCGGAUCUUGCAACUCUAGCGGCCGAGUUUAAAAGACCUAGCAGAUCGCAAACGAAAGGAGGUACGGAUAAGCAACGCAAGCGUUCGAGCAGCAGACGCUUUAACGUCUGCUGGCCGCACAGAAAAUUUGGUGAUCAAGCGCGCGCGUGUAAAGGCACAGCAAAAGAUCCGUGUACAUGGCCAAAGCCGAAGGCCACUAACGACACCCAAAUUGAUACAUAUGGGGAAUCAUUUCGUACGCUGCAUCUCGGUAUACGCCCACUCACGUGGAACUUUUGUAUCGCCUCGGUUUCAUAUCCAAUAAUCGGAGCCGACUUAAUCUCAUUCUACGGUCUGUUACCGGACCUCAAAGGUCGCAGACUCAUCGACUCUCGGAACAACUCAUUUGCGUCUGGUUUCAUUAGAGCUGUAUCAGUUCCACCAAUCAGCUCAGUAAACCCCGGCACUAAAUUCGCGCAUAUUAUAGCAGGUUUUCCUGAGAUCACCGGUCUUGACCAAUUAACCCCAAUUAGCAACAACGACGUGUGUCACCACAUUAUCACCACAGGUCCGCCCGUAGCGGAGCGCCCAAGACGACUUAAUCUGGAUAAACUCAAAGCAGCAAAAGCCGAAUUUAAACGAUUGGUAGACCUCGGUAUUUGCGAGCCAUCCAAAAGUCCCUGGGCAAGCCCUAUCCACAUGGUGCAUAAAAAAGACGGGUCUUGGAGGAUCUGCGGCGAUUAUCGCCGUCUCAACGCGGUCACCGUCCCAGACAAAUUUCCCGUGCCGCAUUUACAUGAUUGUUCUUCUAUUCUUCGCGGCAAAACCAUUUUUUCUAAACUGGAUCUCCGUCAAGCUUACAAUCAGAUCCCCGUCGCAACAGAGGAUAUUCAGAAAACUGCGGUGAUCACACCAUUUGGGUUAUUCGACAUCCCAGUCGCCCGAAGAUCACGAAAAGCAUUUGCACAUCGUCUUACAACGUUUAAAAAAUUCCAUUUACGUUUAAACACCGAGAAAUGCCAAUUUGGUAAACACGAACUGGAAUUUCUCGGGAUCAUAAUUAACAAGGAGGGUUGCAAGCCCACUCCAUCAAAGAUUCAAGCCAUUCGUGAUUUUCCUAAACCACGAACGAUCAUCGAAUUGCGCCGUUUUCUCGGUCUCAUCAAUUUUUACCGCAGACUUUUGCCGAACGCAGCCACCAUUCAAGCGCCUUUAAACGAAUAUCUUCUCGACUCGCGCAAAAAUGAUAAACGUGCGAUUGCGUGGACAUCCACAGCCGAGGAAGCUUUCAGUAAAUGUAAAGACGCCCUGGUCAACGCGACACAAGUGUCACAUCCCUCUGACUCAGCCGAAACGCGCCUAGUGUGUGACGCGUCCGACUUUGCCAUGGGAGCCGUUCUCGAACAACGUCUCGACGAUUCGUGGAAGCCGCUUGCGUUUUUCUCCCGCAAAUUUAGUCCAGCGCAACGAAAUUACAGUGCUUAUGAUCAGGAACUCACUGCCAUCUUCGAAGCAGUUAAAUACUUUAGAUUUUUUGCUGAAGGACGCUCAUUUAAGAUCGUGUCAGAUCAUAAACCACUAGUGUAUGCAUUCAUGCAACGUUCGGACAGGGCAUCACCACGCCAACAGAGACAACUUUCGUUUAUUUCGCAGUUCACCACGCGCAUCGAAUAUCUGCCAGGCAGCAACAAUGUAGUCGCCGACUCACUCUCGCGCAUUGAAUCCUUCCGCUUACCAGUCGAGAUCGAGUUAAACGAGCUCGCGCAACAACAAGAACUCGACGCAGAGUUGCAAUCUCUCCUAAAAAACCAUGACUGUCCACUUUCUUUAAAGCGCAUACAAUGGGGACCGACUCACACUACCUUGUACUGUGAAAUGACCGGCGAAGCAAUUCGACCGUAUAUUCCCGAAUCCUUGCGUAACCGUGUGUUCCACAUGUUCCACGAUACGGCCCAUUCUGGCCCUAAGGUCACCGACCGAGUAAUUCGUCAACGCUACGUAUGGCCCAACAUGCAUCGUGACGUUGCAAAGUGGUGCAAAAACUGUACAGACUGCCAGCAAUCAAAAAUCUCGCGACACGUUCAUACUAAUCCCGAUAAAUUUAUUGCGCCGGACAACCGAUUCGAACACGUCCACAUAGACAUCAUAGGCCCGUUGCCGGAGUCGGACGAAUAUCGAUACUGUUUAACAAUUAUUGACAGAUUUUCGCGUUGGCCAGUGGCAGUUCCACUCAAAGACAUUGAAGCCCUUACCGUGGCACGAGCUUUCUAUGACAAUUGGAUAGCCAAUUUUGGAGCACCUCAAACCUUAACGACCGACCAGGGCAGUCAGUUCGAAUCGCAACUAUUCUCCGCACUCCUCCAGCUAAUCGGAUGUCAACGCAUUCGAACGACAGCUUACCACCCUGCUGCAAAUGGGUUAAUUGAACGGUGGCAUCGUAGUUUCAAGGCCGCGAUAAUGUGCCACACAGGCACGGACUGGACACGAGCACUGUCAACGGUAUUGCUGGGUCUGCGCACUCAUGUUCGGCUAGACACAAACGCGUCGCCAGCGGAAUUCAUUUAUGGAACGACCUUACGCGUUCCAGGCGAAUUUCUCCUUCCUGAUGAUUUUACAGCUAAUCCGCAAAUCUUCGUCGAAAAACUUAUGCACGUGCUAAAAAAAAAGUCUCAUUCACGUUACCCACCACAUAGUAUGUAA